CACGCUCAGAAUAUAUGGUGAAAGGAUAAUGGAUGCUUCCGUAUUAUCAGCGACACUUUCAACAUCCAACAACAUGCGACACAAAACGAAGGCUCAUGCGUAACGUGUGGAAAAGCAUCCACACAUUAGCAUACCGCAUAUACACUCACAGCGCAUCUUUCGUUUCUUACGUGCGUGACGAUGGCAAUGGCGCACGUAGUUGUUCCGCAUUCCGGGAACCCGCUCACCUCAUCCCAAAAACCCAAUCAGGAUGUCACGUAAAACACCCACAGAGGACGCAGACAGAUAGCUCCUUUUUUGUGUUGGUGCGGAUGUCAUCCUACAGUGAGAGUGGUAUUGGUAUAUCGCCCAUGGCAACGGGGGUGGAGCUUUUGUAUCGUUUUGCAACAGUAUGGGUGUGUUGCUAUAAACACCACUACAUCCACACGUGGCUAGGAUAAUGGGAAAAAGGGGGGUAAAAAUGUCUCCCUCCUCACGCGAGCGUAUCCCUUCCAGUACAAAAAUGGGAAAUGGCAAAGAACUGAAACGAAACCUUGCAGUUGUGAAGCCAAGUGGUAGCGUGUACUGAUAACGACGGCCACCAUCACCAGCCAAGAUGAAGCACCAAAACAACGGCACCAGAAACAGAAAGAGGGAGAACUGAAAAACCCUCCAAAAAACGGAUACGAGAUGUUCCGAAAUGCGCAGCCGUGAAAAUUCGACAGCCAGUCCGACGGCGGCACCGUUUAGGGCAAAAACCUUCGCACGGAAAAAGAUGUGACGCACACAAAAUGACUGCACGCUAAUGUUCCGAGACAUUGUUCGUCUUCCUUUGACCGGGUGCAGAAUUGGCAAAACCAGGCUCGCGGCCAGCUCGCGGUAUCGUGCCAUACCGUGCCGUGUUUGUGAGGUUAGUUUUACCCGUCAUGGACGUACGUGCGCUACGUGGUUGUGUACGAGGUUGUAAGGGCAAAGCGAAACAAAUCUCCCAAGAAAGACGUUAACAUCACAGACCGAGGCGCGCGCACCCACACACACACACCCUUUCCGGUUUCCUGUUUGCCAAUUAAAAGCGCUUCCCAACCCCCUGGCUGCAUCGGAAACCCGCGUAAUGAAAAUGUUUUUUAAUUGAUAAACUUUUUCCUUACUUUAUGGACCAUUUCGUGGCACAAAGAAUGCCGACGGGAAUCGGUGCUCGGUUCGUUGCAACGGGGCUACGAUAUCUUCUUACCCGGCAGGACGGCAGGCUUUCGCUUUUCACCAGUUUUGUGUUGAGCGUUUGUUGUUGUGGUUAGAAAACGAUCCCCAACAGCGGGCCGGGAUUUUGUAGAGCGAAAUGGAACGUGUUAAACGUGGGUUUAUGGCCGGCCAUUUGCAUUUGUGGCCGGUGAAAGUGCUCUUGUACUAAGUACGUAAAUGAAGUGUUAGAAUUUGCAUACUAAUUGCAGGAAUCGUAGUCUAGGCCUUCUCCCCAUUUCGGAAGGCUACACGGAUAAUGGGUAUCUCUCCGAUGAGUACGACGAACAGUGUGAUAAGCUCGUUGGAACCUGCUUUUUUGGAAGGAAACAAAAAAAUAUUCAUUAGAAUGUACUACCCACAGCAGGCGACGACAAGGUGCAUACAAAUGAGGUAUCUUUCGCGGUAACUAUCACUACGUUGGAGCCACUAUUUAACGCAUAAUUAGUAGAGACCCCCUUCAGUGAGUAGGAACCGUAAGCACGAUAUAGCGCGUAAUGACAGCGUGUGUCCUCCAUGUGAUUAGAUUCACCACCUCGCACAAACUGGCUUUCCCGCAAAACAGUAGCCUGCUGCGAUAGCACACACGCCGGUGACAGUUGGAGCCGAAGUCGAACAAAUAAAAAAAUAGCCCCAAACAUACACAAAUUAGAACUACGGGGGUACUUCUAAAUCGCUCCAAUCAGCUCGUCGACGGGGGUCGUCUUGCGAGACGCGGCUACCCACCCAGUCUGGGGAGGAAGCCAGGAGUACGGAACGGAAGCAGGUCUCUAAAGUGAUAAGCAAGCGCUUCUUCAGUGAACAGCGUGGUAGCUGCUGUGCUGCGUUUCAGUAGCAUUCUUCGUAGACGGCUAUACGUCGCGUCGUCUGGUCUCUGUCGUGCAGGUUUCGGGACCAGUUACGUUCUACAAGUGCGUUCCGUGGUUCUACAACGGCGUGACAGGGCUUUUCCCUUUAGUUGGUAGUUGGGCAGCAGCCAAACCCAUUUCGUUACACGGGACAGUGAUAGUAAUAAAAAAAAACCUCCCCAUCUUUUCGUUGUGCCCCUUGCAUAGACUUCUUCACGCACUUUUAACAGACGAGCUUCGGACGUUACUUUCACCUGUGCUCUAAUAGUGACGUACCCCAUUAACCGUCGAUGACCGUUAUCGAAAAGUGGAUUGAUGACGUUUCGGAAGCGUGUUGUUACAGUGUUCCUUUCCAACACUUCUAUUGCAGCUAUACUUUGCAACGUGCACGCACCGUAUGUACACCGACGCAAUCUUCUUCCAGUGCAAUCUAGUCACCGAUGGUUUGCGGCUCGGUACGGAUCGGUCUGAGUGAAUAUUGUUCGUGUGGACCGAUCUUUCAGACAGUUUUGCCCGUGUGCAUUGUGUACUUUCUGUUUACGUGUGUUUUUAUUUCGAUUGGAGUUAUUGUUGUGUCUUUCAUUCCCAAAUAUUGUUUAUCUCUGUUGUGUGAAUUUUAUCAAAACCAAUGUGCAAAGUGAGUGCUCUAACUUCAAUCGAUUGUGUGUAUGCUGUAUUAUGUUAAAGUGUUCCCUCACUAGAGUGUUGUGAAAUAUCGCUUUAACGUUAAGCAAAAGAAAAUCCCAAUGUCCGUGUGCGUGUCCUCUGCCGGCGGGACACUCGGUGUCGAUGCAAUGUCACUCUCGCAGAUGGCAUUACCCUCGUCGAUGAUGUUGCCACUGGCACAUUCCUCAUCGUCCCUCGGUACACACUCAUCGUUGCUGAGUCAAUCGAUGGCCAACGGACAAACAAGCCUCGGUACGAUCGGCACCCUAGACAUUAGCUCUUCAGUGGGAGGAUCAUCCCGAGUACUGCAUCACAACAGUACCACCAGCAACGGUAGCAACGGCCAUGCCAAUCUCAACGGAAGUCUUACGGGUCUGCCAGCAGUGCACGGUGCGCACAGUUUGCUCGAUGGGCAAAGCUCCACCAUCGGCGCCGGCCUGUCCGGGGAUCUUGGGGAUCAUCAUCCAAAUCCCGAAAUGCUAUUGGCACUGAUAUCACGUAACAAGGCUCUCGAAGCAACUAUUCCAAAGUGUGGCGGUUGUCACGAACUCAUACUGGACCGGUUCAUCCUCAAGGUGUCCGACCGUACGUGGCACGCCAAAUGUCUCCAGUGCAGCGAGUGCCGCGUGCAGCUGAACGAAAAGUGUUUCGCCCGCAACGGUCAACUGUUUUGCAAGGACGAUUUCUUCAAGCGUUACGGGACGAAAUGUGCCGCGUGUGAUCUUGGUAUACCGCCGACGCAAGUGGUCCGACGGGCACAGGACAAUGUGUACCAUCUGCAGUGUUUCAUGUGUUCGAUGUGCUCGAGGCAGCUUAACACGGGCGACGAGUUCUACCUGAUGGAAGACUGUAAGCUGAUUUGUAAGCCCGAUUAUGAAGCAGCUAAGGCUAAAGGUCUUUACCUCUCCGAUGGUUCACUGGAUGGGGAGUCAUCGAACAAGCGACCGAGAACUACCAUCACUGCCAAGCAGUUGGAAACCUUGAAAAGCGCCUACAACAGCAGUCCCAAGCCGGCGCGACACGUCCGGGAACAGCUUUCUCAAGACACCGGUCUAGAUAUGCGUGUCGUGCAGGUGUGGUUUCAAAACAGACGAGCGAAAGAAAAAAGGUUGAAAAAGGAUGCUGGCCGUACUAGAUGGAGUCAGUACUUCCGCUCGAUGAAGGGAACUUCCUCGCCCAGCCGGCAUGAUAAGCUGCUCGAUAAGGAUGAGCUGAAGAUCGAUCUCGAUAGUUUCAGUCAUCAUGACCUCAGUAACGAUAGCUACAGUACGUCCAAUAUGGGCCUGGAGGACGGUGCUUCACCGCACAGUGCCCGAGGGUCUUACAUCCACGGCAACGGUAGUCCCCCGCCGUACCUUUCCAGCCACUCGCCUCCGCCCAUGGGAGCCGGCCACCCGUACGGUUCCUACCCGGACAAUAUCGUCUACACACCACUAGGUCAACCACUAAGCUCGAUGCACCCUGGUGCUCGCCGCCCUGGGCUACACGGUAGCGCAGUGUCGGACCUCAGCAACGAUUCUAGUCCCGCGCACGGCUAUCCUGACUUUCCGCCCAGUCCCGACUCCUGGCUCGGUGACUGUCCGCCACCGCAAACGCAGCUUCCAGCUACCGGGGCACCGGUGGCACCCUCCGUACAACCGCCACAGGCACCGCCACCGCUCGGGGUGCUCGGGCAGCAACCGCCCCAGAAUGGAACGUCCGCCCUGCACUACUGAUGCAGGCGCAAAGGAGUACCGGCGAAACAUUUGCCGCCGCGCAAUAGUUUGCACUAGUUACGAGCACCAUCAUCACCGACACGAGCUGUUCCGAUUCUUUUACACAUUAAGUUUGUGUCAUUCCCGUACUUCUGAAUGGGGUUACGUUUCAGCGGUAAUCGAAUGUGCCAUAAUGAGGGGUGAGGUGGUUCAUGUUUGGGUUACUUCAUUUCUUGAACACUUUCUUUGUAAAGCAACAUUCCCCUGCACCACCAAAAACAAUCAACCAUAGCGAGUACAUUGAAGUCUUAAAUGAGUGUAGAACUAGUCGUAAAGAAGUCGUAAGGAUGGAGACAGCGUAAGGUAGCAUAAGUACUAAAAACCAUAAAUCAUCCGGUGCUAGUCGUCUUGGACACCGAUAGUUAGAGAGCAUUACGAAAGCGUGCAAUUCCGGUGUGCCGGUAAGCAGCGAAGCUAGUGCGAAGAUAGUCCAAUCCCAUACGUAACAAAAAAAAAAAACAAUUUUCCGGUUCGGAAUUGGUAAAAAUCCGGCCAGUGUUAGGUCCACAAGUGUCCCCCAAUGUUCGUUCCUUGAAACUGUUUCGUUUCGGUAGCGCGGUACGAAACUCAUCUCCGAAUCGUUGUAGUGCGAAAUGUUUUGGAGACAAAAACAAAAUCAAAAAGAACCCCGAUCAAUCUUUGCUAACGUUAAGAGUGGCUCGGGAUCGAAGAUGCUAGAGUGUAUAGGUAAGAUCGGAUGUACAGCAGACAGCACUCCAAAGUUGACCAAUAUUUAGUGGCAAGAGCGGAAGGAAGGAAGGAACAAGUAGGAUAAGAACAGUUCACUUGCCAAAACAAGUCAAUCAUGCACGUUCAGCCCACAAACGAACGUUCCUCAUUCGGUGGCGAACGGUUGUCCUUCUGCAUUAUAUAGCUAUAUACAUUCAUACAAAGCAAACAUCUACAGCUACUAACCAAUUAUAUGGCACCGUAUCGUGCGGGAGACAUAAACACAAACACACACACACACUCCGGUAUCCGGUAUCCUAUUCAAAUGUGUACAUAUUUAUUUAAUUUAUUGCUACAAACAAAACAAAGGCAAGGAUCGAUCGUGAACAAAAUACAACAACGCGCACGCGCCAAACCGAAGCUACCCGGAUAAACGGGAGCACCGGAAGCCGUGCGAUUUACACGUUUC